AUGGCCACUGGUACAAUCCAAACAGACCGCGUCCGCGUCGCCCUUCUAUUCAAGCGAAAAGAAGGACUCACGCUUGAGGAAUUCUACACUCACUGGUUCGAGGGUCUCUCGAAGAUGCUCCUCUCGUCUCCCAUCUUCCUGGAUAACGUGCUCAAAUACGAACGGUUGCGUAUUGAUAACGAGACUGCGGCAAUGCUGAAAACCGUAGGGUUUGAGCCACCGGAACAGUGGGAUGGAAUGGCUUUGCUAGAAGCAGAAAGCUUCGAGAAGAUAUUUGCUAUAUUUGAGUCGGAGGAGUACAAGACGGUUAUUGGUCCUUACGAGGACCAAUUCUUGCAAAGAAAGGCCGUUCAGAUCUUCCCCCUUGAAAUUUGCUGUGUUCUUGGAUAA